CCUGCGCACCUCCUGCACUGUGGUGUGUUUCAUGUGAAUGCAUUGUAUUAGGUUCGUUUAUUGGUGGAUUAAUAAGAGUCACAACAUCAUUCACUGCGCUGCUGCUCACAUAUCUGACUUGGCAUGUCUCAGGACAGUCAACAUGGCAGGUGGACCAUCUCCAGCAGUGAUGACGAUGAUGAGGCUAUCCCUCUCUCUGGGACGACAACGUCCAAGCCCCACCGACCCGCUGCAUCCAGUCACGGCUCCCAUCUGUCUGCUUUGCCCCCUAGCCCCAAACUGGAACCAGUAACGGCCACUGUGGAGCUGAAACCAGAACCAGCUCACACUCCAGUAUCCUCACUAGUCAUUGGCUCUGAGGCCAGACAGUCAGCAGCAACAAACCAGUUAAAUCCGGUGAAGUACGAAACCAGUCCAUCGUUGGCUGGAAAGCGAAAGAAAGAUGCGUCAGACGGCUCAGGCUGGGCUCUCUCAGACAGUGACGAUGAUGAUGAUGGAGAUGGGAAGGGGAAGAGGGCCCCUCCGAGCCCCAAAACAAAGAAACCCAAGGUUGAGACGGAGCGCCCUCCGAGUCCCUACGGUCGCCUCGCCUACAUCGACGAGCCAGACGACUUCUACGAGUCCACUAUUCCUUGUCUGAAUGACACCUACAGGUUUUACCUCAACAAAGUCACAGGUCUGGACAGGAAGUACAACAGUGGGGCUCUGCACAUCAGAGACAUUCUCUCGCCAUUAUUUGGGACCCUGAAAGAGUCAGUUCAGUUUAACUACUGCUUUGAUAUCGCCUGGAUGGUUAAGCAGUACCCAUCAGAGUUUAGGGACCGUCCAGUUCUGAUCGUCCAUGGAGAUAAGAGGGAGGCCAAGGCCCGGCUGCUCCAGCAGGCUAAGCCUUUUCCACAUAUUCGCUUCUGUCAGGCCAAGCUGGAUAUUGCUUUUGGAACUCACCACACGAAGAUGAUGUUGCUUUGGUACGAGGAAGGCUUCAGAGUCAUCAUUACGACCUCCAACCUCAUCAGAGCCGACUGGUACCAGAAAACACAAGGAAUGUGGAUGAGCCCCGUGUUUCCACGGUUACCAAAGGGCAGCAGUGAGAACGCAGGUGAGUCACCGACCUUCUUCAAGAGGGACCUGCUGGAAUACCUGGCGUCGUACCGCGCACCUGAACUCGAGGAGUGGAUCCGGCGAAUCGAAGAGCACGAUCUGUCAGAGGCCAGAGUUUAUUUGGUCGGCUCAACCCCAGGAAGAUAUGUUGGCUCAGACAUGGAGCGCUGGGGCCACCUGAAGCUGAGGAAGCUGUUGUAUGACCAUGCAGAUCCUGUUCCCGGGGAGGAGAGGUGGCCUGUGAUUGGCCAGUUCUCCAGCAUCGGCUCUAUGGGGCUUGAUAAGACCAAAUGGUUGACGGGGGAAUUUCAGCGCACCAUGACAACGCUGGGGAAAUCCUCUCUCCGUCCAGACACCCCCAUGCACUUGGUCUAUCCAUCAGUUGACGAUGUGAGGACUAGUUUAGAAGGCUAUCCAGCGGGAGGCUCUCUUCCCUACAGCAUCCAGACGGCUCAGAAACAACUCUGGCUCCACUCCUUCUUCCACCGUUGGAAGGCCACUGCAACAGGAAGGAGUCAUGCCAUGCCACACAUCAAGACAUACAUGAGGGCGUCACCAGAUUUCACUCAGCUUGCCUGGUUCCUCGUCACAAGUGCCAACCUUUCCAAAGCAGCAUGGGGUGCGCUGGAGAAGAACAACACUCAGGUGAUGGUCCGUUCAUACGAGCUGGGAGUCCUCUUCGUGCCCUCUGCCUUUAACAUGAAGACCUUCCCCGUUCACAAAAGUCAAUUUCCUGUCUCCUCCUCCUCUGGGUUCCCUGUGCCCUUUGACCUCCCCCCCACACCCUACUCUCCUCAAGAUCAGCCUUGGAUCUGGAACAUUCCGUACAACCAGGCACCCGACACACACGGCAACAUCUGGGUUCCCUCCUGAACACACACACACACACACUCUCACACACACAUAUAUAUAUAUAUAGACAAACCUCUCUGUUACUUUACAGCUGCUGUGUUUGUAUUUGUCAGUACUAUAGCUACAGUAGGUGUUAGUUGUCAGUAACAUUUAUUUUUAUACUUUAUACCUUUAUACCGA